AUGUGUUCGAAUUUAUCUAAAUUACUACAAAACGAAAUAAUAAAUAAGCUAUUGAAUGAUUAUGGAGAUAGUAAUAGAGAAUUUCAACCACUACCUUCAUACUACCCAACUUUGAAAGAGCAUAUCUACGAUUACACUUCAGGUCAACAGGUAUUCGAUAGUUUAGAGUAUUUCGAGCAGUUGAACUACAAUCGAUCGAUACUGGAAUAUUGUUUGGUUUCUAAGGAUUGGUUUCAUUACAUAUCAACUUGUGCCAAUCGAUUCUACGCCAAACAAUCACUCGAACUAUCAAAUAGUUUGUCGAUUUACCAAUUCGAGAAUAUCACACAUCUCUAUGCCGAUUUCUCACCCGAACCAUCUUGGAUCGAACGCUUUACCAAUCUAAAGAGAUUGGUUAUCAAUACAGAUGAUGGUAAGCUCGUACAACAACUGAUCAAUCAAUUUCCAUUGAUUAAACUAGAGGUCUUUGUCGAUCAAGAUAGAGAUAGUGCAGUUGUAAAUUGUGAUUUAUCAGCAACAGGUUAUGACACAUUGGAAUUCGUACAUAUUAAUGCCUAUAGUAUCUACGGGGCUGUGGAUUUCGAAGAUUUGGUAGAGAACUACUAUAAAAGCUAUCUCAAGCGUUGGCGUGCAAAUUCAAUCUACUUUAUCUAUGAUGACGGUGAUCAUGACGGUGGUGUAUGCAACCUCUCUUACAACCAACUAUUCAAAGUGAAAUCACUAAGAAACAUUAUCAUUCCAGACGAUCGUUUCUUUGCAAACGCAUUGAAAUGCAUUGUUUCCAAGAAUACUUUGAUCGAUUCAUUCAGAUGUAAUAUUCCGCUCGGUAUAUUCGAUGCAUCGGCUCGUUCAACAUUUGUGGAAGAUGAUGAAGAUGAAGAUGAUGAAGAUGAUGAUGAAGAAGAAGAUGAUGAUGAUGAAGAAGAUGAUGAUAGUGAAGAAGAAGAAGAAGAAGAAGAAGAAGAAAAUGAAGCAAGUGAAGGUGAUAAUGAAGAUAAUGAAGUAGAUAAUUCGACUAAUGGUAGAUAUUGUCGUUGUUUUCCAUAUGAUAUGGAGAAUGAAGCAUUGGCUCGUAGUAAAUUAAAGUAUUGGAAACAAUUUUGUUCUAUUCUUGCACGUAAUACACGAUUAAAGUAUUUAGAGUUUGAAAACUUUUGUACUUUCAACAAUGGUGGUUCAGUAGAUGAUCAUAGUCUAAGGCCACAAACAAUAGAAUCGACAUCAUUAGCACUCAGUAAAGCACUUUCAGUCAAUAAGACAUUGACUUCAUUGACGAUCUCAUGUCAGGUGCUAUCGGGGUCAUUCUUUCAGACGUUGGCACACUCCAACCAAACCAUCAGUCAUCUCUCUCUCACUGAAUGUGGUACCGAUCAAAUUGGUCAACUAGCUACUCUAUUGGAAUCGAAUAGCACAAUACAACGUCUUGGUAUUGCAUUUCAUGACGAAUAUUAUCAAGAGAUGAUAGGCAGUAAACAAUCAGACACCACAAAAGCUGCAACUGCCAAAGCUAUUGAAUCAUUCUCACUUGCGAUUCUCAACAACAACACAAUAUCAAGAUUAGACAUCAAAGAAUUUGAACCCUAUACAAUUAGAACUCACAUUGAAAGUUUAUUCAGAAGUAGAGAUCAACAAAUAUCCACCAAACUAGUGAAUAAUUAUCUUGUUGGUGCUAUUACACACACAUUAUUUUUUUAA